AAGUGCCCAAAGAUUUACUGUAAAUUUUUAGGUUUCGAAUUUGAUGUCCGUGUUGAAAAUUGAUUUUAAAGCGGCCAUGGGGAUUUCCGUGGGGAUUUUCGUUGCAGGUUGUGCUUUCCGUAUAGGAUUUGAAGUGAGGCUUUAUUUUGUUUGCCCAAAGUAGAUUCAACAAAAGCCUUCAUGAGCAAACCUGCAAAACCCUAUAAAACCAAAAAACGCAACUCUUUUCUCUCUAAAAUUACUGGUUUUCGUUGAACCAGUUGCUGCUUGUACCCCUCGUGGUCCCUUUUGGCUUCUGAAACCCUAAUCCCAAUUAACACAUGUUGUUAGUUUUAGUUCUCUUUCUCUUUCAGAAAUCCUGAAGCUGCAAUGGCGAAACGAGAGCUCUCUAGUACUUUGAAGAACUUGAAGUUUAUGCAACGAGCAAUUCAGAAAGAGGAGCAGACUAAGAAAGAAGAAGAUGUGAAAGUAGAGGAACAUUCCGUUAGGUCGACUGCUCAAAGCAGAAAAUGCAUAGUGAUAAUGGAAGGCGAUCCACACCCUGGAGCAUUGAAAGGUCGGAUGUCAUUCCAGAGCUUCAAUCCGUCUGUCGAUAAAAUAAAUGAAGAAGCAGAGUGUGCUCGCCAGCCCCAGGUGUCUACAGAAAACCCACCUAAUAAUAGUGGGUUGAAUUCUAACAGAGAUAUGGGGGAAUCACAGUCAAAACAUGAGGAUUCAUCUGCUGCCAAAGUGGGUAUCAAUCAUGAUCCUCAGCGAAAGAAGCACAAAAUAGAAGUGAGUGCAGAAAAUUCGCACCAGUCAUCCAAGAAGAAUCGUGUAGUUAAAGAUAAUGGGGAUUCUUCAAUGAACAACAGGAAAGAUCCUAACCAACAAAAAAAUGGAAGGCUGGAUUGGAGGGUUUUAAGGCCCCCAACUGGUUAAUAAUUGCUUUCACAAACAGCUAUCAUUUCAGAGGAAAUGGGUUAUCGCCAGAGUGUCGCGAACACUGGUUUUGAGCACAACUGGUUUGAGCCUUUGAUAUUUUCUCAUGGGAGGUGUGCAGGUGAGUACAUGAGAUUUUUGUUUACUUUCCUUCAUUCUCUCUCUCUCUCUAAAUUUCAUCAUGUAAGGUAUAUAGUUGCUUUCAUUUGUUUGCUAGAAUGUAACAUAUCAUCAACAGGUUAUUUUUUCGUCCUUUUCUCCUUAACAAAUUUAUUUAUAUUGUGCUCUUAUUUUCAGUUUCAGCAUGUAGACUCUCUUCGUCUUUUUUUCAUCUCAGUUGAUGAGAAACAUGUUGUAGCUUGUUUGACCCAAAGGAACUCUUUUUCAGUUGUUGGAGCAAUGUUGCUUUUGAGUGCUUUUAUCUGCUGGAUUGAUCACC